AUGCCUGGCAAAGAACUGUCAGACCCUUGCGUCGACUGCCGCGAUGUAGAAGCUAUUUUAACAUUGCGGCGGCGGCGUUUAUGCAAAGACUGUUAUAUUAAAUUCGUGUCGUACAAAGUCUUUAAACGCAUGGAAAAUUAUCGCUUGAAUAAAGGGUUCGCAAAAGAUAAACCGUGCAAGCUGCUCUUUCCUCUUUCUUACGGUCUCUCCUCGUCGGUGCUGUUGCAUAUGUUGCAUGCUCAGCUUGAAGUUCAGCGCUCGAAAAUACACGCAUCCCCGGGCUUUGAUUUACAUGUGCUUAUAAUAGAGCCUUCGAGUAUCUCGCCCUCGAAUCCUGCGCAUGAUGAGGGUUUCGAGUUGGCUCAGAAAUGCUUCCCUUUGUGUUCCUUUACCAAAAUUCCGUUUCACAGUAUCUUCGACCUAGUCCCUGAUUUCAAGGAAACUAUGUCCCAAUUUGCUGGCAAAGGAUUCGAGGAUGAUCCUUCGUUGUCGGAUGCAGAGCGCCUCAAUGCCUUCCGCACGUGUAUUGCAACGUCCACCUCUAAAGCUGAUGUCGAUUAUAUCUUGAUGAACCGACUGGUUGUGGCCUUCGCAAAGCAAAUGGAUUGCCAGGCAGUGAUUUGGGGAGAUUCAGAUAGUAGACUCGCUGCGAAAACACUUGCCAAUGUUGCGAAGGGACGCGGCUCUUCAGUAAUCUGGCAGGUCUCCGACGGAAUGUCCCCAUUUGGCCUGGAGUUCAACUUCCCCCUGCGAGACUUGUUCACGGCGGAAUUGAGAGAUUAUGCCAGUUUUUUCCCGGAACUCACCAAACUUAUUGUACCAGAUGAACCACUUUCAGAAAAUACUUUAACAAAGAAUUUGUCCAUCGACGAGCUCAUGAUGCGAUAUGUACUGACGCAGGGCGAGAAAUACCCCGGUGUCAUGCUGAACGUGACGAGGACGGCCAAUAAACUCGACGUCUCGCAAAUGCCAGCCAAUCUGUCCCCCUGCACUUUUUGCGGUGCUCCUCUGAUGAAUGAAGUAGAAAGUGGACAUGCUCAAUUCUGCUACGCAUGUGCUCGGUCACGUCCAAGUACAAGCUCGUAA